CUCCGCGCGGGGAAGCCUCUGCCUGCCAGUUCUCCUGGCAUCUAGUGUCAGCCAGUGAAUCCGGCUGUGACCAAGAGGCUAGGCUCUUGCCUAGAAUACUCCGUGUAUGAAAGGAGACGGCCACUUCCACUUCCAGAAAUCUACCACAGCUGGAUUAGGAGACCUGGUGCUCCGAGAGAUGCACCUCCACUUGGGGGAUGGGGUCAAGUAGGAUUUGAAGUAAAGUGGUUGCCAUUCCUCAUGCCUCCAGUAACAUGCCGACCUUUUUGUUGCUUUUUUGGUCUGAGGAGCCGGUGCAGGGAAGGGCUUGGGUUUAUGCUGUCUCCUUCCUUGUUUCCUAAGUAUUGCUUGGUGUGUUUCAAGUUUCUCUGUUGUACAUACAAGUAGGCUUAUUCCAGCCCACUUCAAGUGCAUUUCAUAGGAUGUCAGUUGCUGUAGAGAACUAUGGUGUUUGAACUAUAAAAUUAAGGGGAAAGGAGAGUGUUGGAGAUGUGCAUAUGCUAGUCCUGGGCCUUGAACUUAGGGCCUGGGCUUUGUUCCUGAGUUUUUUGCUCAAGGCCAGCUCUCUACCAUUUGAGCCACACCUCCACUAAAACUUUCUGGUAGUUAAUUGGAGAUGAGUCUCAUAGAUUUUCCUGUCCAUGCUGGCUUCAAAGUACACCUCAGAUCUCAGCCUCCUGAGUAGCUAGGAUUACAGGUGUGAGCCCCUGGAGCCUAGUUGGCAGAUUCCUCUUGAAAGUGAGUGCAUGCUCCACUGUAGAAAAGUGUUUUAAGUGCAAGUGGUUUCUACCAUGCCAAUGUACUUAAAUGCUAGAAUUGAGUGUAGGGAUGGGGGUGGUUCCUUCUAACUGGAAUUGCACAAAAUUCACAUGCCUCUAUGCAUAUAUGUGCCUGUAAGUAAUUGUUAGUAAAAGUGAACCAGCUGGUUACUGGUCCUUUUACUAGUAACUAGCUGGUAUUUAUUGGAGUGAGACUGUUCUAUCCAGUCUUGGUGGAGGUUGUCUAAAAGCAGGUAGAUGUUAGAAUUUUAUCUAAGUUACUCCAAUAGCCAGCUUCUGUAGGUAAGACAGCUCACAAUGAGAGACACAUAGGGUUAUAUAAUGUGUACACAUUAUAGAUAACAUUUAUUGUUAUACUUGAUACGUAUUUCUCUGGAAAGAAAUGUUUUAAAUUGUUAGGCAUCUGAAUUACUUUGCUUCAUGUGCACAACCCACUCACCCAUACCUUCCAGGCACCUCUGGCAAGAGUAUGAACUUAGGGUCUCCUACUUGCUAGAUAGGGGUUCAACCACUAAGCCACAUGCCCUCAGCCCUUUGGCUUUAGUUUUCAAAGAGUCUUGCAUUUAUGUCCCACCUGGCCUGGCCUGAGAAUCCUAUUUAUGAUUUCUGCAUAUCUAGGAUGACAGGCAUGAUAAUACCACUGUGGCUUACUGGACACACUUUUUAAAAAAAUGUUUUUAAGACACUUUCUUGCUAUAUAGCCUAGGUUGGCCUAGAACUCCGUGAUCCUUCUGUUUUCAUCUCCUGAGUGGUGGGAUUACAGGUGUGCACCAUCACACCUGUCUAGACACAACCUUCUUAUAGGAUGGGCAAUUAACAGAGAAGAAGGUCAGAAAAGGUUCCAUUUAAUUAAAACAGUUUUCAAUUUUUUGAAAGUAACACACCUUCAGGUUACUUUGUCAUAGACAUCUCUGUCUUUUGUCCUGGAACUGGGGUCUGAACUUAGGGACACUGUCCCUUAAAUUAUUUUUUGUUGUUGUUGUUUGGUUUUUUGCACAGGCUAGAGCCCUACCACUUGAGCCACAGCUCCACUUCAGUUUUUUGUGGUUAAUUGGAGAUAAAAGUCUCACAGACUUUCCUGCCUGGUGUAGCUUUGAACCUCAAUCCUUAAAUCACAGCCUUGUAAGUACUGUGAAUGACCGGGACCAGGCCCAUGUCUAACAUGAAGUGAAUCAGAAGUAAAAAUGUUUUCUGAAGUGAGAACUCCAGGCUCUUCCCUUGAUAGCAUUUCUUUUGCCUUCCAUUUAGUUUCAUAUCAUGUAUAAGGCUAAAGCUGUCUAUUUCCUCAAGUCAUUUAGAAGUAUUUUCUUAGGAGUAUCAUAAAAUUUUCAGACCCCCAAAUUGGAUUCUUGAAAAGUUACUAGGCUCUUUCAAGUUUCUGGAAGAAUAUGUGCUUUGUUUCUACAUGAAUAAGUGUGUAGGUAUUUUGAUGGCCAUUCUUUUGUUUUACAGAAUUAAUAACUAAUAUUUAUAUAAGACAGAAGAAAAAGAUGUCAUUCCGUAAAGUAAACAUCGUCAUCUUGAUCUUGGCUGUUGUUCUCUUCUUACUGGUUUUGCAUCAUAACUUCCUCAGCCUGAGCAGUCUGCUAAGGAAUGAGGUUUCAGAUUCAGGAAUUCUGGGGCUCCAGCCUAUUGCCUUUGUCCCAAAUGCUCCUAGACAUCUAGUAGACAGGAGAGGAGAGGAGAUUCCUGUGGUCAUUGCAGCAUCUGAGGACAGGCUUGGCGGGGCCAUUGCAGCCAUAAACAGCAUUCAGUUCAACACUCACUCCAACGUGAUUUUCUACAUUGUUACCCUCAACAGCACAGCAGACCAUCUGCGGUCUUGGCUCAACAGUGCUUCCCUGAGAAACAUAAAGUACAAAAUUGUGAAUUUUGACACUAAACUUCUGGAAGGGAAAGUAAAGGAGGAUCCUGACCAGGGGGAAUCCAUGAAACCAUUAAACUUUGCAAGAUUCUACUUGCCAAUCCUGGUACCCAGUGCAAAGAAGGCCAUAUACAUGGAUGAUGAUGUGAUUGUGCAAGGUGAUAUUCUUGCCCUGUACAAUACUCCGCUGAAGCCAGGACAUGCUGCUGCAUUUUCAGAUGAUUGUGAUUCAACUUCCACUAAAGUUCUCAUCCGUGGAGCAGGGAACCAGUACAAUUACAUUGGCUAUCUUGACUAUAGAAAGGAAAGAAUUCGUAAGCUUUCCAUGAAAGCCAGCACAUGUUCCUUUAAUCCUGGAGUUUUUGUUGCAAACCUGACAGAAUGGAAGAGACAGAAUAUAACUAGCCAGCUGGAAAAAUGGAUGAAGCUCAAUGUAGAAGAGGGACUCUACAGAACACUGGCUGGCAGCAUUACAACACCUCCUCUGCUUAUUGUAUUUUAUCAACAGCAUUCCACAAUUGACCCCAUGUGGAAUGUCCGCCAUCUGGGUUCCAGUGCUGGAAAACGGUAUUCACCCCAGUUUGUAAAGGCUGCCAAGUUACUCCAUUGGAAUGGACACUUUAAGCCAUGGGGAAGAACUGCUUCAUAUAUUGACAUAUGGGAAAAAUGGUAUAUUCCAGAUCCAACAGGCAAAUUCAGCCUGAUCCGAAGACAUACAGAGAUGUCAAAUAUAAAGUAAAAUAGAAUUUAAACUAUAACCAUUUCUCAGGAAAUCCUGUUGGAUCCAUAUGUAGGAAUUAACAGAUGCCAGACUUCUACGCCUAUUUGUAGCAAUCCAAAAAUGAAAUGUUCAGUUCAGUAAAGGUAUCAAAUUGCCCUGUUUGGCAAAGAUUGUCUCCAGCUGCCUCACCAAGUGUUUGCUCACCACAGUGCUCAUUGACCAGAAGAAUGGACUAAGGCUGGUAACUAAGUACAGCUAGUUCAAAACUGCUGCUUGGUUUUAAUUUUGUAACCUGUGUCCUCAUCUGUAAAUAAAUCCUACAUUUUUUUCCCCCAAUAGA